CAGAGAGAGCACUGCACUCGUGGAUUCUAUUCAUACAUCACACAAGAGAUUUUGUCUACAGAGCAGAGCAAAGCUUCACACACCACAGCAGCAUGGGGAGCAGUAUGUCAUGUGUCCCCCAGCACAACUUCAGAUUCUCCAGUAAAAGUUUCAUACGCAGAAACAGCAGCCGUCUGUUUCGCAAAAAGAAUCCCCAGGAGGGACAAGAGAAGUCGAACAGCAUCAUCAACAUCCUGUGCACCGUCACCCCCAGGAAGGAUAUGUGCACUAAAGACCUGCAAACAAUAGAGAAAGCAAAGUGGGAUCCUCCGUUUCCUUAUGACCCAGCCAGUGGCUGGAAGAAGAGCAGCAUCAAUGUAAAGAACUACGGAAGAAUGAUUCACAGCUCCAAAGUCCGUUUUCGCUUCCUUCACUGCCAGGAUAUACAUGAUUGCUACCUGGAUCUCUUCCAGACACACCUCCAUUUUGUCUCCAACAACACAACUGGACUAACAUAUCAGGGAACUCUUCCAUUGAAAGAACUCAGCAUCUGCAACCUGCAACAGAACUGUAACCACAGCCAACCCCAGGAAUUCGCCUUUCAAAUUAAUGGUGUGAGCCUCAAUUCCAUCAUUGUUUACUGUGCCAACCAAGAAGAACUGGAUCUAUGGUUUGGUCUGCUUAAAGAAAACAUUGAUGCAAACGGAGGCACUGCAACAGCACCUGAAAACUACAUCAAAGUAAACCAAGAAGAGGCUCCUGAGGGCAGAGAGGAACUCAGAAACUCCAUCAACAGUGAGCCCAUCUAUGAGUGGGAAGGCUCUCAGCGAGACAGCCUGGGCCCCAUCACCUACGUCACUAAAGUCCGACUGCAGCACCUGCCCUGUCAGGAACAGAGUGACAGAGUACUGGUGAUGUACCCAGCAACACUAAUCAUCCUAUCUGAAGAGAGUGAUAGGCUCUUUUAUAAGGGUAAACUGGCACUCAACAUGAUCACUGUGACCACACCUUGCCAAGACAUCAAGCCCAACACUUUUAUGAUUGAAGGGAAGCUAAUCAACCCCAUAGUGGUUUCGUGUCUGGAUAGAAGCACGUUCUGUGACUGGAUCCAGCAUUUCAAAGCUGCUGACGUGCCCGUUCUCAGCCCCCCGCCCCCAGUGUAUGACAUCAUCUACACCCCAACACAAAGAGAGGCUCCACAGUUUGACAAGUGGAGUGGAAACAGCCAAGGACGAAGUGAUUCUAUAAAGUUCAGCCAGUCAACAAGUGGAUAUGGGUCCCACAACCUUCAGUUACCCAUUCAUGAAGACAACCCUCUCUCGCCUGGAUACGCUGAACCCCUCUGUUACAGCUCCAGUCGCCCAUCGUCAAUUGAGACUGCCCGCCUGGGCAGCAGGACCAACAGCAUGUCUUCCCACACCAUGGGCGAGCGUGACCUGCGACCUUUAUCACUGCGCUACUCCUCACCACAGCACAGUUCUUACCUCCAGCCAACAGAGAGCUCGGUGCGGUCUCAGGUCUACAGCACACCCUACUCUGCUCUACACCGUGUCAGCCCACAGCGGCUGGAGAAAGCCCCGCUUGUCAAAUCUAACAGCUGGAGCACACCUCAAACAUCUCUGAACUACGCCUUGAACAACCCCCAGCGCCACUCAGACAUGUGUGCCCCCCGUCAACCCUUGUCGCCACUGUACGAUGAACCCUGCACUCCCGAAAUCUACUCCCUGGAUGAGGCCAGGCCAUUGCACCAGAGUUGGCAAGAGCCAAUUCAGCAGCACCAUCACCACCACCGGCAGCUGCAGGAGCCCCUGCAGCUACUACCCUCCUCCUUUCAGCUCCACACGCCUCCCAUGGGCAAGCGCUGCAGGAGAAGCCUGGUUCUGACCAACUCUCAGGGAGAGACUGUGACCCUAGAUAUGGAAACUGGACAAAGCCAAGCAGAGCAGAGAGCAGAGGCUGUUUCUAGGCUAAAGCUUCUGCCUAUGCCCAGCCAAAUGCAAGAAGAGAUAAUUCUCCCAUCGAGCUCUGGGAGGAGCGCCACUCAGUUGCCUUAUGGUUACUCACCAGAUCACCACUCGUACCUCGAACCCACAGAACCAGAUGACCAGGAAAUGGACUAUGACAACAUUUGGGAGUAUGACUGUGAUACUGGAAUGAUUCAGCCAACGUCCGGAAUUUCGACACAUUGGGCAGGAUUAGACUAUGGGGCCGGAGGCCUUGGUGCCAUGGCAACCCAGCAAAGAUGGUCAUAAAACAAAACAAUAGCCCGGCCACUCGUCUGGACAUGUGCAAACACAAGAUCUCUAUCAGAGGGAUCAUAAAUGCCAACAAGCACAGCUUGCAUUUCUCCUGCUGUGUACAGUGUGACCCAACAGAUCCCAUGAACUGUGUAGUCAGAUGUUGGGCAGUCGAGCGCAGGCAUGAGUGUGCAGAGCAGCGGGCUGUAUAUAAUUAUGAUAAAAGUGACACUUCGAUAUGUAGCAUUCAACAGGGAAGACAGCAGAUUGCACUAAAUAUUUUGUAUGUUGUGCAAGAACUUUUUUU